GUCAUCGAUCAAAUGACAAUCAAUUCCUUUGCUUAGCGUACAAGCCCAAACUGAAAAUUCUCCACACGCGUCUUGUCUGUAACCUCCGUCUCUCUCUUCAUGCUCAAUAUUCAACAUAGCACUGUAACGGGCUCCUCUUUAUCUUUCGAUAUAUAGACACUGGCUCUCUUCUUACCUAAUUGUUUAGGGUUCGUUUACCAGAUUCGUUAAAUCAAUUUUGAGCUUACAGGCUGUAGUUCUCAAUUGUUGGAAUUUUGGCAGUUGUAGCUUCGUUUCUGAAUCGGCUCCAUGGCUUACUUCGAAAUGAACGACCGCAAAAAAAUUGGGCUGGGAUUGACAGCAUUUGGCAUACUGUUCUCAUUCUUGGGAAUCAUUUUAUUUUUUGACAAGGGACUACUUGCCAUGGGAAAUAUCCUCUUCUUAUCAGGGGUGACAAUAACCAUUGGACCAAAGUCCGCGAUGCAGUUCUUCAUGAAACGUAGCAAUUUCAAGGGAACAAUUUCUUUUGGCGUGGGCUUUUUCUUGGUUGUUAUAGGAUGGCCUGUAUUGGGAAUGAUUUUGGAGGCAUAUGGAUUCAUCGUUCUUUUCAGUGGCUUUUGGCCAACACUGUCAGUUUUUGUGCAGAAGAUACCUAUUAUUGGGUGGGUGUUCCAACAACCAUUUGUUAGAUCGUUCUUGGACCGUUACCGUGGCAAAAGGGUGCCUGUGUAACGUUAGAUCUAUGAAAGUUCAAGGAAGCUGCUGUGCAGGUUGACCCACUUGUAAGUGUUGUAAAAUACUACCAGAUGAAUGAUUCCGUUGGUAGGGUAACAGUAUAGAAUGUACCCUCAAUUGAUGAUAUCAGCUUUUUUUGGACAAUUCUUUACUUGUUUGUUUCUGAAAUUGAUAAAUCAAAUACCAACAUUUCAAGGGGUGAUUUGCCACUCUCUGCAUUUACUGUAUGUAUCACUAUUCAUGUUUACAUUUAUU